GUACUUGUCGCAUUUCCUGACUCUGCUGUGUUGAUGUGCAUCGAUGUAACAGUUUGAAAUGAAACGGUAGUUAUUUCCUUGUGGGGUUUUUUUUGUCUUUAUGAAGAUGUUUCCGAGCUCUGACUGAAUAAAGUGAAUGACCUGGAUUUUCCGUUGUUCGGCUCUCUGACUCGGCCGCUUGUGUUCUGUGAUUUGGCAUGCUGCCAUCAUCAGAUCAGGAUUUUAUUUUGUUUUGAUUUUUUUGUGAGUCCCUGCAGUCUUCAAUCCCAACAAUGAGUGACUGCCACAGUUUUUGACUGAUACCAAGUAUUUGCACAGGCGCACUGAUUUGCUGAGGGCACGGCAGGUUUGAUGCCCACCCAUCCAUCAUGGAGUCCUCAAAUGUAAUCAGACAAAAGAAUGGGAGGCAGAGGAAGCAGGUGCGUGCCACCCUCCUACCUGAAAGUGUGAACGACAUGGACCUUGACUCCUCUGAGCCGGAAGUAGAAGACAAAACAGAAGAGGGUUCUGUUCUGCUGAGAGGGAUGCAUCGUACGUCUGGGAUACGCGGUGAGCUGGGCAACGUGUCGCUGCUUCUUUUUCUCUAUGUGCUUCAGGGGAUUCCUCUUGGACUUGGUGGUAGCAUCCCUCUGAUCUUACAGAGUAAGAAUGUCAGCUACAGAGACCAAGCCUUUUUCAGCUUUGUCUUCUGGCCAUUUAGUCUCAAGCUUCUCUGGGCACCACUGGUGGAUGCUCUGUACUUCAGCAGAUUUGGUAGAAGAAAGUCAUGGCUGGUGCCUACACAGUAUCUUCUGGGCCUCUUCAUGCUCUACCUCUCUGUAACGGUCGACUCAUUGCUGCAGAGUGAGGGAGGACCAAAUGUGGUUACACUAACUGCGGUCUUCUUCAUGCUUGCCUUCCUGGCAGCCACUCAGGAUAUAGCUGUGGAUGGCUGGGCACUGACUAUGUUAUCCAGAGAAAAUGUGGGCUAUGCAUCUACAUGCAACUCUGUAGGCCAGACAGCUGGCUACUUCCUGGGGAAUGUGCUCUUUCUGGCUCUGGAGUCUGCUGACUUUUGCAACAAAUACCUCAGAGUAGUGCCUAAAGACUCGGGCAUUGUCACCUUGUCAGAUUUCUUGUUUUUUUGGGGAAUAGUAUUCCUGGUCUCCACCACUCUGGUAGCCAUCUUUAAAAGAGAAAACGUACGCGGCAAAAGAACUACAAGAACCCCAGAGGAAACACAGGGCGUCAUGGAAACCUACAAGUUGCUAUUAUCUAUUAUCAAGAUGCCAACGGUCUUCACCUUUUGUCUCCUGCUUCUCACUGCUAAGAUGGGUUUCUCCGCAGCAGAUGCAGUUACAGGACUGAAGCUGAUGGAGGCUGGAGUUCCCAAGGAGCAGCUGGCAUUGCUGGCAGUGCCCAUGGUGCCUCUCCAGAUCUUUCUACCAGUGGUCAUCAGUAGAUACACAGCAGGGCCCAGACCUCUUGACAUCUUCUACAAGGCCUUCCCUUUUAGGCUGCUUAUUGGCCUGGAGUUUGCUCUGCUAGUGUGGUGGACUCCCAGUGUAAAACAAGAAGGAGGGUUCCCAGUUUACUACUAUGCCGUGGUGCUGCUCAGCUAUGCAUUCCAUCAGGUGGCAUUGUAUAGCAUGUACGUGGCCUGCAUGGCUUUCCAUGCCAAAGUGAGUGACCCUCUUAUCGGCGGGACCUACAUGACCCUGCUGAACACAGUCACUAACCUCGGAGGAAACUGGCCCUCCACUGUGGCCCUGUGGCUGGUUGAUCCACUGACCUCUAAGGAAUGUCAGGGGGCUGCUGGACAGAGCUGUGGCUCUUCUGAAGAGGCACAGCUGUGUGGAAAGGAAGGCGGCAUCUGUGUGACGACACUGGACGGCUACUACGUGGAGUCUGUGGUCUGUGUUGUGAUUGGUUUAACCUGGUGGGUGUGGUUGGGGAAGAAAAUGAGGCGGCUGCAGGAGCAGAGCCCAGCUGCAUGGAAGUGCAGAGUGAACUAGUGACAACACGCUAUUAUCCACACCGCAAGGACCUCUUGGUUUGCUUGACCUUCAUAAUCUGCUCCAAAAACUGCUGAACUACUUUCAUCCUCAUCCGUGUGGUCACUACAGGCCUGCUUUAGCUGCUACUUUCGGAAAACAUUUACCCUCACACUUUGCUUCUGUCACCUUCAAGUACACAUACAUGAAGAUAUUCACAGUUUUUGUCUUCUCUGAUGGUAAAAUCUCUCUUAUUACUCUCACUAAUAGUAAAAAAUAUUGUACUCAAAACUGAAUCAACUCUCAGACAAGCUAAAAAGUUACCUUGAUUUUUUUUCUCAGAUAUAUUCUGCUGCUUGAAAUAGCUUAACCAAACAAGAGCUGAGUCAAAGAGUAGGUCAUGUUUUGGGUUUAUUUAAAUAUGCUUGGAUGGCCAGACUAAGCUGUAAUUUGCUUCUGCCAUUUACCCCAAAGGGCAGAAGCAAAUGACUUCUUCCUGACGCCUUUCACAGAAAAACAAUCUUGUAAAGAAACUUUAGUAAACGCAGCACUUCAGACAGACUCAUUUAUCUUCCAUGCCUUUUUUUAGUUAAUUCUAAAAGGAUACUUGAGGGAAAGACGGUCAGGAUAUACAGAUGCACUUACAGGGACCUAAGUAUAUGCAGUUUAACUCAGUCCGUGUAGUAAUCCAGCUAAGUUAAACUACCCAGUAUUUUCUUUAAAUGACUGUUUGUUUGAAUAGAUUUUUUUUUUUUUCACUGAAGUAAUUUGUGCCUUAUUUAGUUUUUUUGAAGACUUUCCAAAAACAAACCAUCACUAACAUUGUCUGAGCUGCACUGCAGUUAAAUAAUAAAGGCAGGGAAUAUUAGUCAGUUACAGUUGAACUUAAAAUGAAGAAUACUCGUUUUCAGUAAUAUGCUGUCAUUUAGUAAGUUACACUCAACAAUAUGGCUGCUUUCUGGUUGCGUAGCUAAAGUGCACAUUCCUCAUGAAGAAUCUAAUUUGCCCACUAAAUGACAUAAAACCAGAUCAGUAGUUACUCAAACUGAGAUUUCUGGAAUAUGCGUUCCAUGAAUCUAGUUGGGUUUACUCUUUGUUGGACCAAUUAAAAAUGUAAUUCCAUUAUUCCUCAGUGCCACUCUUCACUGUUGGACCAUUUAGAUUUUCAUUAGAGCUCACCAGGUAAAUAAUUUUUCCUGGGGUGUUUUAGUUUGGGAAGACGGCUAGUAUGAUUUAUUUUUAUUUAUUUAUUUUUUUACACCAGGCCCCAGACGAUAAUAGACGGUAUUCUCUAGUUUUAUAGAUUAUUGAUGCAGCACACAUUACAGGAACCCUAAUGUAGACAUUUAACAUCCAUAUAUAGUCUGUCUGCAUUUGUAACGCAUAUCAAGGAUCAUUUAGCUGAGUCCAUCUUCAAGGGAGCUGUCAGGGAAGUACAGUCAGCUUUUGCUAUAAUAGGUUACCACUCAAAAAUUUGGGGUCCUUGUUUUUGAAAGAAAAGUGCAAUUUUUUGUCAUCUAACAAAACUUGAAAUCAAAAAUAAUUUACAAAGAAUCAUCAAAGCAUCCUUGUUCUUAUAAACAAUUGUUUCAUGAAUAAAAUUGCCAAUAAACAAAAUUUUUGUACCCCUGUGUGUACUGCUCCCUUUGCAAACAAGCACCGUCGGGCUCCAAUGGGUGCCAUCUAAUGAAGGUGCCAGUCGAGGACCCUCAAGGCAUCUGUUUUUUUUUUUUAACUAGAACCUCUGAUGUUAUUCUUCCUCAGCUGUGCACAGAGGUCUCUCACUCCUCUUUCCAUUGCAGCCAGUUCUGUGAAGGGAGUAGUGCACACAGUUGCAUUAAACUUUCUUUUGAGACUAUAAAUAAGCCCACAAAGGCUCCAAACUAAAACUAGCCAUGUUUUUUUUUUUUUUUCCCAGUCUUGUGAACAUAAUUGCAAAAGUUUUAUCAAUUAGCUUUAGAAUAGGUUGAAGCUGCAUUAGGAACACAGUGUGCCACUGGAAUACAGGAUUGAUGGUUGGUGAAAAUGUCCCUCUAUACACCUACAUAGAUAUUCUGCUGAAAAUUAUAUAUAUCUUAUAUAGUGUGUGCUUUCCUUUAGAAACCUUUCAAAUUGACCUCCCACUUUUUAGUGGAAGUGUAUCUUUUUUUGACAGGAGGUUCAUUCACAGAUUUUUAUCAUUAAAUAUUUGUAGCAGGUAAAUAACAGUUUUACUGCCUGUAAGCGAUAAAGAGAAUUUACUGGCCACAAAACAAUUCAGAUCUCAGACCAGCAACCUUGGAGUCAAACUUGAUGAGCGCGUGUUUUUGUUUUUCUUACUGUACACACAACUGAAUGUUACAGUAAUGUCUCUGAAACCAGCACUUAAAGCCCAACUCUGUCAGAUGGAAAAGCUGAACUGCACAAUCAGGGUUUGUGUAAGGGCACAGUGACCUUUGAACUCAAACUGUUUUGUAACCCACAAGUUUGUUUUUGUUUUAAUUUCAAGUUUGUUUUGUUUUUUUUCACACUGAUUCUUCUGAUAUUUACAGAUGUACUUUAUGAUGUACAUUAAAUUAAGAUUAUUUCUAGCUGCAUUUUUGUUUUUUAAUGGCUGAAGUUUUUUUCAGCAUUAUCGGAGCACUUAUGAUUGUUUUGAUUAUCUUUGAGAAUCAAAAUCUGAUUUUUUUUUUUUGUAAUAAGAGGUUUCAGAUUAGAUCCUGAUGUCUGCUAAGCUAGCCUUUGGGUGGUCAUAAACUGCUCCAUCUUCAGAAAAUUAUCUUGUAAUCAAUUUGAUUUUAUUUUUUUUUACUUUGCACUGUUUUGUUUUUAUGAAGAGUUCAAAUCUGAUGAGUGUAUAUGCUCUGCAGCUGUGCCAGCAGAACGACAUACAUUACAUUAUAGAUUUGAGAAAAAAAAAAACCCAUUUGUAAUUAAACAAUAUGCAAACACGA